AUGGAGAGCCAAGCAGCAACGUUGAGUCCAGAAAAUCUGGCGUCAUUGUAUUAUACUUUGGCUGAAAAUGAACUUAGCCCAGUGGAGUCCUUGGAGAUUCUCCGGAAUGUUUGGCGGGUCUCUGAUCCACAAUAUCCCAAGUUGAACAAGACCUUGUUGGAACAAGUAGCCAGUCUAUUGAAUUACAGGUAUGCAGAGCAGCGGGCACAAUUUCUAGACCUUUUUGGUUAUUUUAGAUAUUUGGCGGAAUAUUUGUGCUGGGAUUUCCCCAUCACAACAGAGAUCUUGCAGCACAGUUUGAAAGAUUUGACGCCUCCGAAGGAGCAGAACUUCACGAUUUUAUGGGGUUUGGAUCUUGCUCAUGUCCUCGCAGGCCUGGUUGGCUUGGGAAAAGGCGGUACCCGAAGGGGCCAGAUGCAACUCAUCGCGUUGCGGAAUUUGGUCUUCGAAACCAUGGAUUCCCACCAAGUUUCCCCCGACUUCAGCAAGAACUUGACCGUGUGCUGCAUCCUCAUGACACUGCUGGCCCUGGUCAUCGUGCCCAUUCUGCUGCUGUGUAUGUUUGGAUGGAGUCUUUUGACUUUAGACUGGCGGUUCGUCAAGCUCCGCAAGAGAGUCCGUUCUCAUGUCCCUCAGAUCUCGCUUCGCAGGUGGCACUGGGUCCUCAUCGUUGGUCUUGGUGUAGGUUUCGUUUGGAUCGGGCUCAUCGCUGUGGAACCUUACCGAGGAGACUUAAAGGAUCACGCCUCUCGCGUGCUGAGGCUCUACCUGACUCUGGCCAUAGCCAGGUUGGCUCCCAUCUUGACCCGCAUCGCUUCCUACUGGGAGGCAUAUCGGACAGUCAUUGAGUUUCUGAAGGGCAGGCGUCCCUACAAAGUAGUCAUGCUUUAUAUCCUUUGGUUCCUCGUCGCCGCCUUUGUGGUCCAGCCCCGGACCACUUGGGACGCUAAGGUGAACUUUUGGGCUCGGACGAUGAAAGCUCGCAUCCCCAUCUUGGAAGCGCAAGUGCACUUGGAACUUUGGAAAUUGGGACGUUUGCCCGGUCCAGUCUUGGCACCUACCUGGGAGGAAUUGGCUGAGAAGUUGCAAGGUGAAGUGAAGGUUGGAAAGGUCGAUUGUACCGAGUCCGCCUUCCUUGGCAACCUCUUUGGCAUUCGUGGCUUUCCCACCCUGAAGAUCAUUUCGGAGGGAAAAAUGUAUACGUUCGCCGGGCGCAGAAGCCUGGAUUCCCUGCAAGAAUGGGCUCAAGGAGGCUAUAAAGAGCAGGAGGCGGCGGACUAUCCCUUCGACAAGCCUUCCAACAAGUGGAUAGCUAUACUGAACACUUCCAUGACAAACUACGGGAUCUACGGCAUUGGAGUGACGCUGAUUUGCCUUGGCAUUUUGUUCUGCUACCUGGAUCAAUCAGGCUCUGAGGACGCAAAGAGUCGGAAAGAGAUGGAGGAGAGACUGAAGAAGCUGCAGGAGGCCGGCACCGAGAAGAAGGCAGAGAAAGAAGAGUCAAAGAAGGAUUCCUGA